AUGGCAUCGCCUUCCGGCAAGAAUGUGCACUUCGUGGGGAGUAUCUGUCUCCCUGACACACCCACGGUUUACCGUACACUCAAUGCUACAUUUCCAACCCAACUAAAGCGCAUCCCCGAUGGUGAGCCCGGUAACCGAGGGAACUUCGUCCUCUGGCAAAGAAGCGUGUUCUAUAAAUACCCUUAUCUGGUUCGCUCUUUGUAUUUCUCCCUGGCCAAGGAUCCAGGCCCGAUUCCCAUUUCUCCUGAGAAGAUCCAACUCAUGCCUGUUGGAUAUGAUGAUGCUGCCAUAGACUCGUAUGCUACUUUUUGUCGACUUCGGGAUGGUGGCACUAUCCCGAACGGAGUGAAAUUCCAGGUUUCGCUUCCUACACCUAUCAAUGUUCUUCACGUAGCAAUAGAGCCAGCUUAUCAAGAAGCAAUUGAGCCAGUUUAUGCAAAGGCUCUACUAAAAGCUGUUCGUCGCAUCCAAGAUGAGAUUCCCGCAAAAGAUUUGGCUAUACAAUGGGACGUUGCUGUGGAGUUCGCAUUUCUGGAAGGGAUUGUAUCGCCUCCACCGCACUGGAUCAUGGCUCUGAAAGACAGUAUUGUCAACCGUGUCCUCGAACUAGCAGAUGCUAUAGAUCCAUCCGUCGAACUGGGUUUCCAUUUCUGCUACGGUGAUCUUGGACAUCAACACUUCACGCAACCGAAAGAUAUGAGCUUAUUAGUCGAUAUUGCGAAUCGAGUCCUGACUGGAACAAGAAGGAGAAGACCUGUCAAUUGGAUUCAUAUGCCUGUACCAAAAGAUCGAAUUGAUCGAGGGUACUUUGAACCAUUGAAAAACUUGGAGAAGAAUGAUACAGAGUUGUAUUUGGGUGUCUUACAUCAGGAUGACCUUGAGGGAACGAAAUUAAGAAUUAAAUCGGCGAGUGAAGUUGUGGCAGAUUUUGGUAUCGCAACAGAGUGCGGUCUAGGCCGCGCGGAUGUAAGAGAGUUGGAGAGUGUCUUGGAAAUUGCGAAGAAGAUUACAGAAGAAUCGUAG